AUGGCAAUCAAGUUGGACAUGAGCAAAGCUUAUGAGCGUGUGGAGUGGUCCUACUUGAAAGCAAUGAUGGCAAGAUUAGGCUUUAGCCCACACUGGAUUCAUCUGGUUAUGCAAUGUCUCUAUUCCAUUCGGUAUAUGGUGGUGGCCGGGGAUAAAGAGUUGGGGCCUAUCAUUCCAUCGCGGGGUCUGCGGCAAGGUGAUCCUAUUUCACCUUACUUAUUCCUACUUUGUUCGGAAGGCCUCUUGAAGCUUAUCACUCAUUUUGGAAAUCGGGGAUGGCUUCAUGGUUGUCGAGUAGCGCGGGGGGCUCCUGUGGUAUCUCAUUUAUUUUUUGCUGAUGAUAGUUACUUGUACUGUCGUGCAUCGGAGGAAGAAACUACCAAGAUUAACCUUUUGCUUAGGUGUACAAACACUCCUGCUGAGUCUAGAAUGUGGAUUUGCCAAAAUUUGGAUAUUUUGGAAGCAGGUUUGGGUUGCUUUUACUUGGGUCUUCCUAGCAUGUUGGGCAGAAACAAAACGGUGAUGUUGGGUUUCUUAAAGGAACGAAUCCGACAGAGGAUAGAAGGUUGGGAAGGAAAAUUAUUAUCUCGAGCAAGUAAGGAAGUUCUAAUCAAAUUUGUGGCUCAAGCCUUGCCCUCUUAUGCUAUGAAUGUUUUCCUUCUGCCUCUUGAGCUUUGCAAUGAAUCGGUUUUGGUGGUCUAA